CAUGAAUUAAGUUUGGGAGGAAAAUUGCUGCAGAAGGAGGAUUUCAAAAGAAUUGAUUCAGCUGAAAUGGUCGUUUUGUUGAGCAACUUAACGGUUCUUCAUAUAAAAACCAUGUACAGACAGAUCGGCCAAAGAGAAAUGGACAAAAUUUACUUAAUAUUAGAUGUAGGUGAGGCCUUACUUUAUUGCUCACUGUUUUACACUAACUAAAAACAUUCGACCCAUCAAUUUCAGUUGACUGUCAAAUGCGAACAAGUAAGUCCACUCCAGCAACUUUUCAAAGAUAUUGCCGCACCUGAGCUAGCAGACUUUACAUUCGAAAUUGCUGACGAAAAAAUACCAGCCCACAAGUUCAUUCUUUCCGCCCGGAGUCCGGUUUUAGGCAGAAUGCUGUCGAACGACUGCUAUAAAGAAACACAACAAUCGGUGAUGAAAGUCACUGAGACGUCACCAGCAAUUUUUAAACUUUUCUUGAAGUUCUUGUACCAAGCCAGUUUUUCAACUCAGCCAAAGAGUACUGCAAUUGAACUCAUCAAAUUGGCCGACAAAUAUGAUGUAGAGACCUUGAAGCGUGUCUGUGAAGUGAAACUGAUUGAAGAAUUGAAUCAAAGCGAUUGUCUUUCGAUAUUCAUGUUCGCUCACCAGUACAACUGUUCGCAAGAGCUUAUUGGAAAGGCGUUUCAGUUUCUUCAACAGAAAUAUUUCGUCGGCAAAAUGUUGCCACCUAAUUUGAGCGAAAAUCCAGAUGAAGUUCAACGGCUGGUGACAAAAAUGGAAGAGUUCGAUAACACGCUGCAGGAAGUUUGUGAAGAACUCAGCAACCCUUCCAAAAAGAUAAAGAAAAAUUAAUGGACAUGGACAUCAACAACGUUCUCAUUAAUAUCAAGACCGCUUUCAAUAGUAGAAACUGUCACUUCCUCUGUCUAAAUCUAAUGUUUCAGAUUCCUCUUUCAAAUUCUAAUUUCGUUACAAGUUUUGUUCUCACACAUGAAAUAGCAGUGGUAAAAAUCUACUGGACAUCAGGAUCAGUUUCUUGUGGUCCGUGUUCAGAAGACCUUUAUUGAAAAUUUCAAAUUUAUUCUACAUGUUGUCGAUAUAGACCAUUCUAUCAUUUCAUGUCACUUAAGAUAGAAGACCAACGAAGUAGUGUUAGUGUUUCAUACUCAGUUAACAAGACUUGUCUUCAAAUUGUUGUCUAGUGAAUUGUCGCAUGCGAGAUAAUUGCUCUCUACUCGCAUCCAAAGAUGGAACCGCAUCUAAAGAUGG